AUGCGGUUGCUGGUGGGCCGAGAGACCUCCAUUUUGCUUGUGGGAUCCUUUGUCUUCAACUUCACGGUUGGCGUUACAGAGGGGCCGGAGGUGGUCUUCUUCAAGGACUACUUCGGCUACACCCAGAACGACAUGUCGGACCUGCUGCUGGUGAGCUGCAUUGCGGCCUUGGUUCUGACGCCCUUGCUGCCCGCGCUGCAGACCUACCUGGGGCCCAGGCAGAGCUGUGUGGCAGGCUGCAUUGGCAUCGGCCUGACCACGCUGCUAUUGGUGCUCGGCACCGGCAUCCAUUGGAUGCCCGAGCUGGUAGCAGGCUUGUCGGUGGGCCUUUUCGGCAGCAUGACGGGUCUGGGCUUCAUGGCCGUGGUGCACAGCGUGGUGCCCAUG